AUGUCCAUAGUGAACACACUUCCUCCAGCAAUUGUCGUAGCAAUCAGUAGUAUAUCUAUAAUUUUACAAACUAUUCGAAAUCGAAAAAAAUAUUUUGAAAUACCACCAGACGAAGUUCCCGAUAAUAUAGCUGAUAAUGCGCGCUUCUCAACGGUAAAAAGGGAUGUCAUCAAACUUGGAAUUACGAUAUUGCAAACUGGACUGUUUACUUUUUUAUUCUUUUGGAAAAUUAAACAUGAAAUUAAUCUAAAUUUUGAUACAUUAAGUCCCGGGAUUCUUGCAAUUUGUUGGUUUUAUGCGCUUAUAAUUUCAAUUAUUGCUUUGACAUUGAAAUCAAGACGUUGGAAGUGGAUAUUAAAUGCAUAUUCAACUGCAUUUUAUUUUACAUCUUCUCUAUGCUCACUUUGGCAACUUAUAACUGUUAUAAAAUUUAAUGGUUCUUAUCGCAUAGACGAAAUAAUUGAAAAAUUAAUUGUAAUAUGUAACUUUGUUUUCUCUGUGAUGGCUACAUCGAUUGCUAUCACAACACCGAUGGGUCCACCAAUACUUCAAAAUGGAAGAGAUGUUUGUGCAAUCGAGUAUUGUUCAAUAUGGGACUUUAUUAAUAUUUCUUCUGCUUCUAAAUUAAUUCUCAAAGCUUACAAACAAAAGACUUUCAAUAAUAAUGAUCUUGACUUACUUCCAUUUGCUUAUCAAGCUAGGUCACUGUAUAAUGCUUUCAAAAAAACCAGAGGAAGUAAACUCUUGUAUCGAAUAUUGGUGACUAAUAAACAUGUCAUAGGCUUACAACUUUUAUUCACGAUAAUGGGUUCUGCAUUAUAUUAUACACCAAUAUUUUUCUUGUACCGUUUUCUAUCGUUUAUUCAAACAAGACCUGAAAAUGGAUCAUUGGAGCUUGGAUUUGUAUAUAUAUUUGGAAUGCUUAUAUCAUCUCUUAUAUUACGUUUUAUUAUUACACAGAAUUGGUUUUGGUCUGGAAACGCACUUAAUAUUAGUGUAAAGGGGAUGCUUAAUUCUGAAAUCUAUUCAAAAAGUUUAAGGAGAAUUGAUUCUCAUGUUUCAAUUGUGAAAGAUGAAUCUAAUAAAUCUGAGGACAAUUUGGAUGAUAUCGACAAUGAUAAUUCGUCUGUUGGCAAAGUUACUAAUCUUAUGUCAAUUGAUACAAAUCGUAUUAGUGAUUUCUCUGUAUGGUGGACAAAUAUAAUUGAUAGUCCGAUAGAAUUAGCAGUUGGCAUUUAUUUUUUAUAUCAAUUAUUGGGUGUGUCUUGUUUGCUCAGUUUGUUUGUCAUGAUCAUUACACUUCCAAUUAAUCAUCAAACGGCCAAGUUAUAUGCAAAAACUCAAGACAAGCUUAUGAGUGCUAGAGACCGUAGAGUGGAACUUAUGAAUGAAGUUUUACAAGGCAUUCGUAUGAUUAAAUUCUUUUCUUGGGAAAAGAAUUGGGAAAAUAAAGUAUUGGAGUCACGCAAAAUUGAGCUUAAAGAACUUCGAAAUAACUUUAUUUAUUUGUCCAUAUUUAAUUUAUUGUGGACGGCUUCACCUAUCUUAGUCACUAUUCUCAGUUUUUUCUUCUUUACCAAAAUUCAAGGAAAUGAGCUUACAGCUGCCAUUGCUUUCACUUCGAUAGCUAUUUUCAAUGAACUUCGAUUUGCCCUUAAUAAUCUGCCUGAAACUUUUAUGGAUGGACUUCAAGUAUUGAUCAGUAUACGUAGAAUAGAAAAAUUUUUAAAUGAGGAUGAGAUCAAUAUUCCUCCUGAAAAUGAUUAUCCAUUUAUGAAGUCAAUCACUUUUGAAAAAGCAACCAUCUCAUGGAAUAAGAUUAAGGAAAAUAGUGGUGAGUUUAUUAUGCAAGAUUUGAACUUGGAAUUUCCUGUGGGUGAAUUAAGUAUCAUUGGGGGACCAACCGGAUCCGGAAAGACAUUAUUAUUAAUGUCAAUUCUUGGAGAAACGAAUAUCAUUAGUGGCAGGAUCAAUGGUCCACGUUGUUCUACAUGUCCUAUUGAUAAAAAUAUCAAUGAAAACAACUGGAUUCUUCCGAAUUGUACCGCUUACGUUGCGCAACAAGCAUGGCUUCAAAAUUCUUCUAUUCGUGAUAAUGUUCUUUUUG